AUGUACUUCCCCACAUCCGUCGCCUCGCAACUAUGUACAGUACCAUCCCUGCCCAGCGCACCAGAAGAGCCCAUACUCGACAUCACGCCCAGCGCGCGUAAAUCACUAUUCUGCGCUCUCACUGCGACGUCCGUUCAACUGUGGCGCGUGCGCCCGCCGGCACUGUUGGGGUACCUUGUACGCAGCAAAGUCAGUAUUGAACAACAUGGGAGCAAUAAGUCUGUGUGCUGGACGCCGGAUGCUACGCGCUUAGUCGUACAAACAACGGAGUCCUUCCUUGUAUUAAUAACUAUCGACUACCAAGCAACUGCAGAUACCAAGCCGUAUGAUCCUCUUCUCAGUGCUCAGGCUCAGCGCACCUUCCAGGCCGGACCGGGAGAGGCGGCGCAGCUUCAGUCUGUGGUAUUAUUGCUAGACGGUGUGAUCCGCGUAGAUGGAGGACUAACGAGCGUAUCACCACGCCGAGACUACAUACUCUUCUCCACAAUGGACCCGCCGACAAUCCAACGCAUGCCCUGGCCAACCGCUCCAGACGAAGAAGACGAAGGCGGCCACACCCCACGUACACCCAUGCCCCAAGAUCUCGACCCAACAUACAACUACGAGAGCUGGACAUUAAACGAGCAAGACUUCCCCUGGCUCGUCGACCCGGACAUCUACAUCCGCAACAUAGCAUGGUCUCGCAACACAGACGUCGAAACGUGGAUCACGUCCGACGGCCGUGCCUACUUCGUCCAACUUGCUGAAACGGUCAAUUCGCCGUCUAAUACCAGCAGCGAUGCUAUUCAGUCUUCGGCGGAUCCACCUUCGUUGGAGUCUUUGCCCGGAGCACAGUGGUAUGGCGCGUGUAUACACGCCGUGAUUGUUCCCCGCUGGGUGCAGAAACGCAGGAUGAGCGACGAUCCAGGUGACUUUGAGCUGCCCAGACGAGCGCUGGGUGUUGCGGUGAACAACCGGUUCUCGCUCGUUGCAGUGGGCACACACUCAGGUGUCGUAGAACUAGCAUCCUUCCCAACCUCCACCGGGACAGUCCCCAUCGCACAAGAGCUCACAAUCCCCCAAGUUCCUAACACGAACUCCCGCGGGCCCGUACGCGCCAUGGAAUGGUCUUCAGACGCGUACGUUCUGGCCGUCGCGUUCGAGAAGGGAUGGGCAGUCUGGAGUGUAGCGGGCCGAUGUCUGGCUUGGAGCUUUGGCGCCGUAGACGACGUGGACCAUGAGAACUUCUCUGAUGCGUUCAUGUUUGGCGCCCGGGCGCUAUUCUGGGCGCCAGGCGAUUUCGAACUUGUCAUGCUUUCGCAUUUUCAACCUGAUCGACCGGAUGCCCAGCUCUUCUCUAUCCCUUUUGCGAAGAGCGCUACGACUGCACAGCAUACGCCCGAUAAUAGCGAGUACGCGUUCUUGCAGAUGCAAGACCGUGUAUUGGUGUACCGUGGAGCGGACCAGCCCGAUAUGAGCGUGAUCAACCCAGAAUCGGACGUCUGGCAACACGUCAAGAUCCCCGCACGAUACAUCUCCUCCAACUGGCCCAUGCAGUACUCCUCCAUAUCCUCCGAUGGCCGUCUAAUAGCAGUAGCCGGAAGAAGAGGCCUGAUCCACUACAGCGCCACCUCCGGCCGCUGGAAAUCCUUCGUCGACGAAACGCAAGAACAAGCCUUUCUCGUCCGCGGCGGUCUACUAUGGUUUCACCACGUCCUAAUAGCAGCAACCGAAAUCGUCGGUGGCCGAUCCUGGCAACUGCGUCUCUACUCCCGCGACCUCGAACUAUCCGCUCAAAACCUCUUACACCGCGAGAUUCUCAGCGCGCCUGUGGUGCUCAUGGCGCUCGUGGACAACAGCUUGCUGGUGUAUACAGCGGACAACGUGUUGACGCAUUACCUCGUCGUGCCGACGGAGAGCAGUAUCGCGCUAAGGAUGUGCGGCAGUAUCGGAUUUGAGGGCGUCAUUGCGCACCCGGGCGCUGUGAGGGCACUGAGUUGGAUGAUCCCGAGCGCGCAGAAGCAGUUGGGUGAUCCGGUGGAUGAUUUGGCUAGUGCGACGGUUUUGAUGAUGGUCGGUGGGCAGUUGGUGCUUCUACGGCCUCGUAAGACCGCGGACCAGGAAGUCAGCUAUGACAUGCAGGUCCUCGCGAACCGCAUCGAGUUCUGUUGGAUCCAUCUACGCGGGAUCGGCUCGCUUGAGAACUCGCUGUGGGGCUUCGACGGGCAGGCUAUGCGGAUAUGGCUGAAUGCACUCGCUAUCGACGCUGAGCCCGAGCUGGUCGGAGGCGAAGAUGUGAAGGAGAGCGUGCAUAUCCCAUUGGACUUCUAUCCUCUCUCCGUCUUGAUGAAUAAGGGGAUUAUCAUUGGCGCCGAAAGCGAGAUCGCCGCGCGCUCGAACUUGCCGUUCGUCUCGUUCAGACACUCAACCAGCUCACAUCUAUUCCUACACCACAUCCUCCUCACCCACCUCACCGCCAACCGCGUCCGCGAAGCCGUCAUCUUCGCAGCGCACUACGAACACCUCGUCUUCUUCGCCCACGCGCUCGAGAUUCUACUUCACACAGUCGUCGAGGCCGAUGCGGAUCUGCAGAGUGAAAUCGAGCGCGAACGGGAGAAGGGACGGGAUGACGCAGAUCGUACGCUCCGGCCUGACGACGGGAACACCGGCACAUCAGAGGCAACGGAGAGGGAGAAGGAGAAGGAGAGCGCGUUACCCGCCACGAUAGAGUUCCUCGAUCAUUUCGACGUCGCGCUUGAUGUGGUUGUGGGGUGCGCGCGCAAGACGGAGAUGACGCGCUGGAGAAGAUUGUUCGAUAUCGUCGGCGAUCCGCGCGCUUUAUUCGAGAAAUGUCUAGGCUCGGGCCGACUUCGUACAGCCGGAUCGUACCUCCUCGUCUUGCAGUCGCUCGAACAGCUUGGAAGCAGUCAUGACGAUACGCUCAGGCUGCUGUGUAAAGCUGUGGGAGCGAAGGAUUGGACGCUUUGUAGGGAGCUGUUGAGGUUCUUGCAUAGUGUUGAUGAGAGCGGCGAUGCGCUCAGGGAAGCGCUGGAGCAGCCGUUUAUGCAGGAGACUGAGAAGCUGUAUACCUGUACUGUAGCACUAUCUACGUUUACCUGA